AUGUAUUCGCUUAUGAAGUGGGUCGUGUUCUCAGAACGUUCGGGAAACACUGCCUUAGAUAUGGGAUACAUAUAGCCUAAUCACCUUUGAAGUGUGUUUGUUUUUCGGUCAAGUAAACCUAAGUUUGAAUCUCUGUUGAUAACGGAAUAUAUUUAGCCAUCAUUACAGUGUACCAAUAUUGGAUCUUACUUUUUUCUCUGCAAAAAGUAUUUUAAACCAUCUUAUCGUUUGUGUUUUCAUCUGCGUGCGCGGACUCGCGCUCGCAGCUCGGGGUAACGGCGUAACUAGCAAAGCAGCGGACAGUCCACGAGAGGCGCGCUUUGAGCGUCACGGGAACGCGGUUGGCAGUGUAAAUGUGUCGCAGAUUUGUGAACUCCGCGAAAGAGAAUGAAUAAGAAAAUGAAACGAUGAAAAACAUAUGAAACCGAAAUAGAAACAAGUAUUAGACAAGGAACGGACGCGUGGGGAAAAUAAAAUCACCACUAAAAUAGAGCUCAGAAAUUGCGUUAUUUCGUGAAGAACGGGGAGUAGGCUACCUAAAGGGUAAACCAGUAAACACGCACUACGUUCUACUGCGCGUGGAGAACACUCGGUGCAGUCCUGAUGGAGCUGUCAUCAAUAGGUGAACAAGUAUUUGCAGUGGAAUCGAUAACAAAGAAGAGAGUCAGAAAGGGGAACGUGGAGUACUUACUGAAGUGGCAGGGGUGGUCGCCAAAGUACAGCACAUGGGAACCGGAGGACAACAUCCUCGAUCCGCUCCUUGUCUCGGCGUACAAGGAGAAGGAGGAGAAGGACAGAGCUCUGGCUUGCAGGAGAAAGGGGCUUCGCGCUAGGAGACUCCUGCUGCAGAAUAUCUACACCAUGGAGCUCCGCAGUGCUCACAAGGAGCCGGACAAGGUGGAGCCGCGCCCGCGCCUCUCCCUGUCCCGUCUGGGGAGCACGGAGGAGGCCAGGAGGCCGCAGGGUCGGGCGGCGCGGAGGAACGCCUUCCGCCACCGAAUCUCGCGCAGAAAACAGCUGGGCCUAAUCUGCCUCAGCCCCGCCCCGCUGGACCGGGCGCACCACGCGCCGUCCCCCGCAGACAGGGGCGGGGGGAGGAAGGCGGAGGAAGAGGCGGAGGAGGGAGAGGAAGAGGAAGAGGAGGGAGGAGAGGAAGAGGAGGUAGCGAGGGAGAAUGAGAACGAGAAAGAGGAGAAACAGGAACCGGAGAACGUGGAGCUGCACAGAGACUCCCCGGCUGGCCUGCCCAUGGCAGAGGGGUGUGCGGAGGGUUCACCCGGGUCAGGGCGGGACGACGACGACGACGACGACGCCACCGGGUCAGAGGACUCCGCCGCCUCUUUGGGGGAGAAGGAAGAGAUCGGAACGGAGACCCUCGUCCCCGAAGCGGGCCCGGGCCAAGUGAUCUUCACCAAGGUCACCAUCAACUCGCUGACCGUCACUUUCCAGGAGUCGCUGGCGGCGAAAGGCUUCUUUCGGGGCUGGGGUUUGGAGUUCUGAACGCAGAAAAAAAAAAAAAGAAGGGGGAGAGAGAGAGAGGGUGAGAUGGAGGGGGGGAAAGUGAAAAGUGGAUGGAGAGUCGGAGCAGCCGAGUUUUCUUUACACUAACUGCGUGCAAAGGCUCGCGGGAGACGCACGAAACCCGUCUUAACUCCUCUUUGUCGAGGGGAGCCAGGAAGGCCGGGCCUCAGUUACAUGCAGACUACACCUCUUCUCCGUCAGUUUAUUGCACUGUUUUUCCCAGCAUCGGCUGUCUCGAGUCGACCACAGUACCUCUCACUGGACACACGGCUGGCGAAGCUCUCCCUCCCUUCCCUCCCUUCCCUCCCGCCCGCCCGCCCCCCCCCCCUCCUCCACGAGUAAGCUCACUUUAAUUUCCUUUAUUUAUGCCACUUUCCUCCCUCAAAACACCACGUCACUGUCCGUACAUGCACAGCACACACGUCUAGGUAGAGACCUGGCACUCGAAAGCUCGGAGCGCGAGACGCUUGGAUAUGCAGGUGGCCCUUUCCUUUAGGUGCCCUUACCAGCCUGCAGUACAUUACCUGAGAAUGACACCCACAUUUUCCCCCAUGACUGCCAGUUUACCCUGCAGGUAGGACUAGGGGCAGGUAUUAGGUGUGCGGGUAGAGCCUCUACCUGCUCUUACCUGAGUCUGCAUUCUGAAGAGGUGAGCCCACAUAAUCUAACUGUGCCUCUCCUUUCAGGAUGAACACAUACAUACGUACAUACAGUACUGUGCAGAAGUCUUAGGCACCCUAGACUUUAUUAUAUAUAUGUUUAUUUUUUUGUGUGUUAGUAUAAAAGAACACAUUUGAGAUUUCCAAAUAUUCAUUUUCCAAAAGAUUUAAUUUUAGAGACAUUUUUGUAUUUAAUUUUAAAAACAUUUUUUUAGUAACAUAUUACUGUAAGCAAUUGAUGACUUUUUACAUAAAAACUUGAUCAAGGCUGUCUGAGAUCAGAAGCAAGGACCCAAACAAAGUCUGCAGAAGAACUGUGGCAAGUUCUCCAACAUGCUUGGAACAACCUCCCUGCUGAUUCUUAUAGAACUGCAGGACAGCAUUGGCCAUCUCAGUGGUGGUCACAAAAAAUAUUGAUUUGAUUCAGUUUUGAACUAUUCCGCCAAAUGAUGAAAUGUAAUGUAAAAUGUAUAUUAUGUUUAUUUAGGACCUAUCAUUGAAUAAUUUUUGAAAGAAUCUUAUCUGUACAGAAUGUUAUACAGGUGCCUAAGACUUCUGCACAGUACUGUACAUACAUACAUACAUACAAAAUUGUUCAUUUUAUACCAUUCUUCAAAGUACAUAACCACGGCUUCGAAAAACCUUUUGUGGAGACAAGUACAUGCAAAUAUCAUCAGAGAUUAACACUUUUUGGUUCAAAUUGCUGAAGCCCUUGAAAUGUUUAAUGAUAAACAUUCCACAAACACUUUAUAUGUAUUUUUUGGCGAUGACAAGUCGUGUAGAUGAAUUAAUACGGAGCACUUGCGUAAUGUGGAAUCGAUUUAAAACUACAAAAAUGUAUAUGCGUAUUGCUAUUCAUAUGGGACUAUCAGGGCGGGGUGCACAUCGCACAUCCGUUUCCCCCAACUUUUCCCUUUAUAUAAAAAUUGAGAGCAAUCAUUUUGAAUAAUAGCUGUACUUUCAAAAUCAGGAGACGCUCACCUCCUCUCUGCAUGUCCAACUUGUAUACUGUUCCCAGCCCAUUCUCUGAAUUAAUUUAAAGAUUGACCUCAUUUUGGCACAAAUUAUAAGAAUGUCCAAAAAUAAACAGAGGAGGAAGAAUAUAGGAAAGGGGCAGGAGGAAUAUAGGAAGACUACAGGAAGUGGGUAGGAAGACUACAGGAAGAAGGCAGUAAGAAAACAACAAGACUACAGGAAGAAGGCAGGAAGACUAUAGGAAGUGGGUAGGAAGACUACAGGAAGAAGGUAGGAAAAAUACAAUAAGACUACAGGAAGCAGGCAUGAAGACUUAAGUGCAGCAAUUCAGGGGCAGAGAAGGAAAUGAAAUCUUACAUUUGAGCAUUUUUGUCAUUUAUUUUUUAAGGAGAGAAACAUGGCUCUAUUUUUGUAUUAUAGACUGACUGUGAUUAUUUAUUUAGCAGGGACCUUUGUGUAUCUGUUGAGGUGUUCCUUUGUGUAACGAUGGUAACAACGACACUACAGUGAAGUAGGACAGCGUGCACGUUUGCUAUAAAUGUAAUAUACUAUGCUACUUCUGUUGCACAGAUUUGCCAAUGAGUAAAAUAGAAUUUUCGCCAAGUGACUUGUCUAAUAUCUUUGUUAAAAAAAGAGUAAUAUUGUGAAGUCCAUCAGAAAGAAACAUGGUAAUUCUUAAAAGACAUUUCUGAGUGUAGUAUAAAUAAAUGAUCAAUAUUCAAA